AUGCGCAUCCCAAUGCAGAUAACUGACUACACAGACUCUUUCUCGUCGUUGAUUCAUGCUCAGAAUUCGAUGCAUCCGCUUGGCCUUGAGCUUCCCCCAGCUUUCACCGAGUAUCCGAUGGGAUACAAUGGGCGUCUGUCUUCCAUUCGCGUUUCGGGUAUUGACGUUGUUCGACCAAAUGGAUUCUACGUCAACGCUGGCGAUACCAGACCGACAUUUCAACCCACCAAGCAGCUGGAUUUCGAGAUAGAGCUUGGAGCUUUCAUUUCCAACCCUAUAGAGUUCGGCAGGUCAAAGAAUGCCAAAACGGCCGCGAAACAUAUCUUCGGAUACGUGCUGCACAAUGAUUGGUCGGCCCGAGAUAUUCAGAAGUAUGAGAUGCCCCCUCUAGGGCCGAUGCAUUCAAAGGGCUUUAUCACCACAAUAUCCCCGUGGAUUGUGACAGUGGAUGCAUUGGAGGACAGUAAAACAAAGCCACCACUUUCGAACGAGACGCAAAUCCAUCCCUCACUUGUCGCCGAUGAGAAGGAUCACGGUGUGUACGACAUAGAGCUCCAUAUAUCGAUUGCUCGUAAUGGCGACAAACCUGUGAAGAUCGUCCGUGCUAAUUUUGCGGACUCGUACUGGAGCGUCCCACAGAUGAUCGCAUACCAGUCUUCGGCUGGACAUGGUCUGAACACUGGCGAUCUCGUUGCGAGUGGCACUAUUGCUUCACCGGCGCCGGAAAAUAAGACCGGUUUGGGCACAUAUGGCUGUCUGUUAGAGGCUUUCGCACAGAGGCAUCGACUUCCUGAGGUAGGUGGCAAGCCAAUGUCGUGGGUUGAGGAUGGUGAUACUGUCACCAUGGACGGCUGGUUCAUGAGCAAGGAUGGAAGAAUGUGCGGUUUCGGUGGAUUGACCAGUAUCAUUCAGCCUGCCAGGUCAUCUUGGGAUUGA